GAUCCGCCUCCUGGGUUUAUAAUGAGGGGCGGCAGGUGAAUGAGACACACUGCUGCAGCUCCACCAACACAACAAGAUGGUGUUCACCUUAAAAGACAUGAGCUUCAAGGCCGGGAUGGAGAUGAAGAUCUCUGGGAAGAUCAAACCCGGCUGUGUAUCGUUCUCCAUCAACAUCGGUCACGACACAGACGCAAUCGCCCUUCACUUCAACCCUCGCUUUAAUGAGCAUGGAGACACCAACACCAUCGUGUGUAACUCCAAACAGGGCGGAUGGGGCUCCGAAGUCCGUGAACCGUGUUUCCCCUUUGUGCAGGACGAAGAGUUCAAGCUGGCCAUCACCUUCAACAACGACACCUUCUACGUCAAGCUCCCAGAAGGCACCAUGAUGAGCUUCCCGAACCGCUUCGGCGAUGAUGUUUUCAAACACAUGCACGUGAAGGGAGACGUCAAGAUCAUCAGCGUUAAGAUCAAAUGAGCUGGACGCUCUUGUUCAUCUGUGGCUCCGGUCUUCAGUGUGUUCUUCACCAGCUUCUGUGUUCACUGAAUGUACCAAAGAAAGUGUCAAAUAAAUCCACUGACAGAAUGUGAAA